AUGGAAUACUGUAGCACCUGCACAGGCAGCCUCGCCUCAACGCCCCCAUACUCGCAAAUCCAAGCAUCCUCCUCCCCAUCGUCCUCCCUCCUCCCGCAGGACCGCAGAGUAGACUGCUGCUGCCGAGUCAUCUGCGGCAAGUGUAUACAGCAAAACCCCCGCUUCGCCUCAUACUGCCCCUUCUGCCAAGUCUCCUCCACCCCCUCGCCACUCCCCCAAGGCCUCCGCGAUCCUCCCCAGUACUCGUCCAUCCCGCCUCUCCGAUCACGCACGAUCCCGGCCUCAGCCCCUCCCCCGCCAUACAACAGCAGUAGUAGCGAAUCCUCCGACAUCGACGAGAAAGCCGCCCUGGACGACGACACCCUCCACUUCCUGGACCACGACCACGACACCGUCCAGUCCCUCUCCCUCCGAUACGGCGUGCCUCCCGCUGCGCUGCGCCGCAGAAACAACCUCACCAGCGACCACCUGCUCGUCGGCCGCAAGACCAUCCUCAUCCCCGGCGAGUUCUACAAGGGAGGCGUCAGCCUGUCGCCCCGACCCGUCGAGGGCGAGGACGAGGAGCUGCGCAAGGGCAAGAUCAGGCGCUUCAUGACCGCCUGCAAGGUCGCCGACUAUGACUUUGCGCUGCUGUACAUGGAGCAGGCUGGCUAUGACAUCGACGCCGCCAUCACGGCCUACCUGGAUGACGAGGCUUGGGAGCUGAGCCAUCCCAACCAGAGGCGGAGCAACGGCGAGGCCACAAAGGUCAAGAACCGCGGCCUCUUCUGGAGGGGUUUGUGA